UUUAUUAAGGUAGUAUAAAUUUUUAUUAUUGUGAUAUUUACAAAGCCACUGAAUUGUUUUUUAGAGUGUAGAACAUUUAACAAAUUACACUUUUGGGGACAUAUUAACACAUAUUAUAGAACAACCCUAUAACCCCGGAUCUGUAAACAACAUAUAAAUAUUUAAUUACUUUUAAUAAUUCAACAAAAGGAAUCAUUAGUAGCUCUUUUGAUAAAUAAAGUCCUUCUCAAGAAAAUUCACAAUGUUGAAUUAACACUUUGAAUCCACUUCAUGUCCACUCUAUCUGGAAACCACUGAACACUGUAAGAGGUAAUCCAACUCUGUAUGUGUUUAUUCAAAACCUUUCUGCUGUGCUUAUUUGAUUGCUGUCGGGUAUAAAAUUUGGUUUGAGCGUAGAGUUUGUGAUGUCCAUGUGGAUAUAAGAGGAGUGGCUUUGAUGCCAUCCUGAAAUAAGAGGGAACUCGUAUAGAGUAAGCGAGAACUCGUAUAGAAUAAGGUGGAACUCGUAUAGAAUAAGAGAGAACUUGUGUAGUCCAAGAGAACUCGUCAGGAGUGAAUUGUGGUGUGUGUAGCUGAGCACUUCUUUAUAUUCCUCCGCCUCCCUCCACCCUUCAUAGGCUGUGUUCUCUGAUUCGCGCUCCACACACACUCUCUGUGUCCACCGCGCUGGAGUUGCCAUUGGAGGCUGGAGGAAACCGGAGGCGCGUUCAAAUGGGGCUGAUACAAAUGAUCUUACUGGUUUUGCACACACGACACCCGAAAAAUCAACCGCAAAACUAACUCGCUUGAGAUGUGGCUCAGAUUUGACGUCUCUGCGCUCGUGCGCACCUGACGUCUUCAAAACUGUACAAGUUAAAUAUUGUGCCUUGGCACCCGGUCCGGAGCGCCAUGCCCUCGGAUUCACGGCGCGCUCCAUCAUGCUGAGCAACUCGGCCGCUCUCGUGCUCACUCUGAGCGCUGUGGCGGGUCUCGCACCGCGCUCGGGUGCCUGGAGCGAUGACAAGCUCGUGGCAGCGCCCAUCAACUCCACCAGCGGCUUUCUGGCCAGCUUGGAGGUGGGCUAUUCGAAGAGAUCGGUGGCAGCAAGCGAGGAUGACGAUGCGUCGUCCAGGUGCAACGUUAGCGUGGAGAGGCUGCCGGCCAAGCUGGUAGCGCGCUGGGACGGAGACUUGGGCUUGCGCUGCGAUGUGCUCGUCUACACCACUAACAGCCACGGAAAGGCGUUUUUCUCAGCCGCCUUUAACCGCGCCGCGUCACCCGUUUUCAUCGAGCACGUGGGCGUCGCGGGCGCGCAGCAGGAGUUCAGGCUGUGUAUCGGAUGCGGUCUCUCCCGAUUCAGGCGCUUCGGCCGAUCCAGACCGGACACGGCGGACAGCGUGCACUUCUGCUGCCUUGACUUCGCCUUGGACGAACUCAAAGGGGACCGGAGCUGGAGGCUGAAUCGUAAGCCCAUUGAGUCCACGCUCGUCGCCUGCUUCAUGACUCUGGUCAUAAUCAUAUGGAGCGUGGCUGCCCUCAUAUGGCCGGUGCCCAUCAUCGCGGGCUUCCUGCCCAACGGAAUGGAGCAACGGAGACCCAGAUAAACCAUUUUAUAACCAAACUGGCUUACUUACUUCACCGUGCGCCAAUUUAGUUAAUUGGCAUAUAGGAUUGUCAGAUAGUAAUAUUAAAAAUGUUUAAAAGUAAAAACGUCUUUAUAUAAAAUCUGUAAAAUGUGUAUAUUAGACUGAAUGUGGUUUUAUAAAUCUAUGAAUAGAGAGUAGGCCUGAGUAUUAGCCUAUGUUUUAUUCAGCUGUCUCUUAAACUGUUUGUAUUGUUUUUAUCGUAAACGUUCUUCAUAAUAUUAAAAACAAAACUGUAGAAACGUUUCCUGCAUUAGUUAUGGAGAUUUUUUUUAACAGCAACAACACAAUAUUGUCCUCAUUGGCUUAACUGUAUUUAUAUUUGUAAGAGCUAAUAAAAUGUGGAAGCCCAUUUGUGGAAAAUGCAUAUACCCUACUAAUAACGUUUAUUAUAUAAAAGUUUGUGCAACAGGUAAUAAGAGGUUUGAUUAUUAAUAUAUACGCCGAUCAUCCAUAACAUUAAAACCACCUGCCUAAUGUUGUAUAGGUCUCCCUUGUGCCGCCAAAACAGUUCUGAUCCGGCCAAACUCCCCAGGCUUGAACUCUUUAUCAUGUUCUUCAAACCAUACCUGAACAAUUUUUGCAGUGUAGCAGGGUGCAUUAUCCUGCUG